AUGCCUCAGGGCGAGUAUUGCCUGAAGUUGAACGUUUGGGCGCAGGAUACGUCACGGAAGAAGAAACCCGUGUUACUUUGGAUUCAUGGAGGACGUAGGUCUAUUUUUAUACCUUGUUUGAUAGAUAUCAAUCGGGUUAACGGAUCUAGCAAUGUUCUAGGCUUUUCCCUCGGUAGCACAAACAACCCCUUUUGCCAGGGUCAAUACAUUGCCGAUAAGGAGGAUAUUAUCAUGGUGUCAAUGAAGGGUGACCUUUGCCGUAUUACUCUAGUCGGCCACUCUGUCGGCGGAGUUACAGUUGAUUAUUAUACGUAUAACCACAUUGAGGACCCUAUUGUCUAUGCUGUUGUACCUAUGCCUGGCACUGCUAUAAGCUUUUUGCCAAAUACCCCAGAACAGUCUGAGAAAUACUGGUUUACCUUAUCUGAAGUGCUUGGCUGUGGUGGUUCCAAUGAUACACUGCCCUGUAUUAGAUUAAAGCCUGCCACGGAUGGCCUAGCCGUAGUAGCCAAGAUGUCUCCCGAGCCCAGCAAUCUGCUACCACAGCCAGUGUUCCACCCAACUAUCGAUCAGAAGCUCGUCUUUUCGAACUAUGAAGAGCGUGCAGCUAACGGAAUGUUUGCUAUGAUAGCGUGGGACUUGUUUAACUUGACAGGAACAUCAGGCAGUGUAAUACUAACUAUAUUUGAAGGGAAAACUUUGAUUGGAUUGGCAUUUGGGAAUGGGUCCCGAGCAACCUACCUGUCCCCUUUAUUCCCCGAUGAAGAUGGUCCAUUAGUUGACACAAACACGUCUUCUGCUCAUGCUGGAUUUUGA